AAAGCGAGCGCUUCCCAGUGUCCUAAUCACGGCGGAAGCACGUGCCACUUGCAGAAACAGGAAACCAGUAGACCACGCCCGCGGUGCGGUGCGGUGGAUCCGCCAACAACGGGCGCCCGCCCCGCCCCCCGCCCGGUCUCCGGUUCCCGAACCCCCACUCCUCCUCCCUCUCCGCUCGCCACUCCCGUCGCUCCUCUCCUCCACGCCUCCCUCGCUCGCUCGCCCCCUCGUCCGGUCGUCCCUCCCUCGCUCGUCUUGGCAUCCCCGCAAGGAAUGUCCCUUCCGUAGCGUCCCUUGCUUCUUCCCCACCCCAUCCUGUAUUAGUGCGUUCUCUGCCGCUUUAUUUUCCGGUUUCUUUGGGCUCUUUCGCCGCCUUGGAUCUUGGUUGCCUCAUCCGGUUCAUAGGUACCUUCUUUAACCUUUGCUGGGACUCCAUUGAUGCACUCUUUGGUUGUUUUUCGGUGGAGCAUUUCGUCGAACACAGGGGCGGAGGGCCCAGUAUGGUCCAGAAAUCAAAGUAAAAAAAAGCCCUAGUGUCUUCGCAUCGCGCUCCCGCACACAGACCGACCAGCCGCAGCCCGUGGCGCACCUGCCUGCGCCCGCCGCCUCCGUCAUCCACUCAACCUCGCCCCUCGGCCACUGCCGCGCGGCGCCCGCCCGCCUGCCGCACCGGCCGAAUCAUCCGACGGCCCUUAAGCUGAGGCGGUGUGGCCUAAGUAGCAGCGCGGCGGUCGCCCCGUGUCUCGUCCACUUCGGCCCCGACAGGCUGUCCACGGUGGCGCGAACUGCCCCUCGCCGGUUCGGCCCCGCCCGCCCGUAGCAGCUCACCAGAGAACUAGCCUCUCGUCGGCCUUCCCCAGGUCUGCGCGUGGCGCGGCGCCGCAGCAAAGCUCCACGCGUGCGUGUCCGCCACCCGCCGUCUCGCCCGGGCCGCCGUCGUUGCUCGUCGGUGAACGACGUCUCACUGUUAAGUUUCUGAUACUUCAAAAGGCUUCAGGGUAUCAGUAUCACUGCUGUUCUGAAUUUCCAAAGUGAAAGCGCGCGCAUUAACUUGGGAAUCAAUUCUCAUACUAUAAACAAUUUUCUGUCGUAAGAAUAAUAUCUUGAUGGUUAGCUAUCCUUUAAGGAUUAGCAUUGAAGGGUUAUCCAAUAUUCAGUGAAAACUAGCUACUGAAGAAUAGGAGUAGCAAUACCUUUGAUGCCCCAUAACCCCAUUCAUUAGUUUCUGCAAUGUCUUUGUCUUCUAUUUGCUGUGCGAAGUUCCAUCUACUAAGGAACUCUAUAGGAGACACUUGCAGUGUCAGAUGGCUUAAAUACCAUAGCAGAUUGAUAUAUGAAACUUUCCUCUCAAGCAGAAUACAUCAAAGUAGGCCUCCUAGUACAACAGUGCUAGCAAGAAGCACAAGAAAAGGAAGUAAGCAGUCAUUUAGCAAUGGCCGCCAUUUGCACAGUAAAUCGGUUGAAUCAUCAAUUGAAGUGUUCAAGCAGUCAGAGCUUGAGCAGCUUAAAUCACUUCAUUGCUACAAUGUUGAGGAAGAGUUUUCUGAAGUCAAGACCGAAUGGCCUGCAACUAUCCUUGUUUUUGAUAUUGAAACUACUGGCUUCUCACGUCGUGAUGACAGAAUUAUUGAGUUUGCUGUCCGUGAUCUUAUGGGGGGAAAGAAUAGCACUUUUCAGACACUCAUAAAUCCUGAGAAAGAUGUGAAAAAUACAUAUGUUCAUGGUAUUAACAACAGUAUGCUCUGCAGGCCUGAUGUUCCAAGAUUUGGAGAGAUUAUUCCCAUUCUGCUACAAUAUGUGUGGAGUCGUCAAAUGGACGGUAAACCAGUUCUCUGGGUUGCUCAUAAUGGGCGUUCCUUUGACGUACCCUUUCUCAUGUUUGAGUUUCGACGGUGUAAAGUAGAAAUGCCUGGUGAUUGGCUCUUUGUGGAUACUCUUCCUAUCGCAAAACAAUUGGUCGAUUCUAAUGGGUCAAAACUCAGUUCUGUGUCAUUGAAGUUCCUGAGGGAACGCUACAAAAUCCCACUCACAGGGAGCGCGCAUCGUGCCAUGCAGGAUGUGACAACCCUCUCUUACGUGCUUCAGAAAUUGACCUUUGAGCUGAAACUAACUGUUCCUCAGCUGCUCGAGAAGUCUUUCCGAGCAUCGGAUCUUCCAGCUAAUCGUCCUGCAAAGUGACUGUAUCUGCCUCACCUGAAUAUCGCCUGAAGCACUAAAUUAUUAUCACCGCCGUUUUCGAAUAUUUGUCGUCUGCAAGUUUAUUUUUGAACUAAAACACGACAAAAAAAGAGGGAGUACAUUGUUGUUGUAUUAUUACAGAGAUGUUAUUUGGAGAUCCCAGCUCUGAUUUCUUCUAUGUUCUUUCUAACAACCUAAUAAAGCCAGCCUGAUUGCCACUGAUACAUCAGUAGCACAGUAAUCCGUAUUACUGAUACUCUGACAUUGUAGGCUUGUAUACAUUACUAAAUCAUCAAUUCAACAUAUAUUUACUUGA